AUGGUGAUGAGAAAGGUGCUGGAAAUGGCCCUGAAACGUGACCCGAGGGUGCACACCGCUACAUCACCUUACGUGGACGACAUACUCGUAAAUGAAAACAUCGCUACUGCAUUGGAGGUGAAGGGUCAUCUGGAGGCGCUCGGUCUGACCUGCAAAUCCCCGGAGAAGGUGUCAGAAGGUGCUCGUGUCCUGGGCAUUCGAGUCUGGGGGGAGCGGCAAGGACUGUUCUGGAAGCGGGACAACCAGGAUCUACAGCCGCCGCCAAAGCUGACGAGGAGAGAGGUCUUCUCGCUGUGCGGACGUCUGACAAGUCAGGUCCCGGUGUGUGGCUGGCUGCGUGUCUCCGCAUCCUACCUGAAAAGACGCGCCACUGCAGCGACAGACGGCUGGGAUGACGAGAUCACCGACCCAGAACUCCAGAAAAUGGUCAUGGAAACGCUGCAGCGCGUGAAAACGGCCGAUCCCGCACGAGGUCGCUGGGAUGUCACCGGCGAUGAGGGAGUCGUGUGGGUGGAUGCCAGCUCCCUCGCCAUAGGAGCCGUGCUGGAGAUGGAAGGCAGCAUCGUUGAGGACGCCUGCUGGCUUCGGAAAAAUCCCGAGACACACGUGAACCUUGCAGAACUGGACUCUGUUGUGCGUGGCAUCAAUCUGUCCCUGGCAUGGAACCUGAAGAAAGUGACUGUCGUGACGGACUCGAAAACGGUCUAUCACUGGCUAACAGAUGCGCUCUCCGGCAGAGCUCGGAUAAAGACGAAGGCGGCGAGUGAAAUGCUGAUUAGAAGGCGCCUGGAGACCGUGAAGAGUCUGAGAGAUGAGCACGGCCUCCAGCUGACCAUGAAGUGCGUUCCGUCAGUGGACAACAGGGCUGACGCACUGACGAGAGUCCCGAAGAAGUGGCUGAACCAACAAAGCGAUCCUGAGGUCUGCGGCGCUGCCUUCUCGGCGCCGGAUGUGGUCAGGAUCCAUGAAACAAGCGGACACCCAGGCAUCGGGAGAACGCUGCGCCUGUGUAGGGAGCACGACCCGGCUGUGAGCAGGCACCAGGUGCGCAGUGUCGUUAGCCAGUGCGAAAGGUGCCAGUCCAUCGAUCCAGCGCCCCAGCGGUGGACACAUGGUUCGCUGAGCGUGAUCAAAUGCUGGGACAGGGUCAGCAUGGACGUCUGUCACGUAAACGAUCAGCUGUACCUGACUCUGAUUGACUGCGGUCCGUCUCGGUACGCGAUCUGGUGGCGUAUAAAGCGACAGGACACCGACAGCAUCAUCACGGCUCUGGAGUCGGUAUUCCUGGAGCGCGGCGCUCCGAGGGAGCUGCUGAAGGACAACUUCACCUCAUUCCGCAGUGCCGCAUUCCACGAGUUCGUCAGCCGGUGGGGUGUCAGCGUCCGGUACCGAGCUGCCCAUGCGCCGUUCGGCAAUGGUGUCUCUGAGAGAAACCACAGGUCGGUCAAAACAAUCGUAGCGCGCAAAGGCUGCUCAGUGGCGGAAGCAGUCUACCGCUAUAAUGUGAUGCCGCGCAGUGAUGACCUGAACUCUAGUCCUGCCAACGUACUGUUCAACUACAAACUGAGAGUGCCGGACGUGGAGAACACGGAGCUGAUCCACGGCCGAGUCAGCUGA